UGCGCAGUGGGCUGAGUGCCGAGGGGAUGAGGGGUGGGGACGGGUGGGCGUUGGUGCGCGAAUGGCUCGGAGGCCAGGGCCCCUCCUCGCCCCCCGUUUUCCCCGAGCCUCCCGUAGGCGAGGACGGGGCCCUUGGUGCGAGGGCAGGUCCGGCCCGGGCCCCAUCCUCGCCCCAGAGGGUCCGAGAUUGUCUAAAGCCACAGGGAAGAUGGUGGAAAAUUCACCGUCGCCAUUGCCAGAAAGAGCGAUUUAUGGCUUUGUUCUUUUCCUAAGCUCACAGUUUGGCUUCAUACUUUAUCUUGUGUGGGCUUUCGUUCCCGAAUCUUGGUUAAACUCCUUAGGCUUAACUUAUUGGCCUCAAAAGUACUGGGCGGUUGCAUUGCCUGUCUACCUCCUCAUCACAGUUGCAAUUGGUUAUGUGCUCUUAUUUGGAAUCAACAUGAUGAGCACCUCUCCACUUGACUCCAUUCAUACAAUCACAGAUAACUAUGCUAAAAACCAACAGAAGAAAAACUACCAAGAGGAUGCCAUCCCAGCAUUGAGAGAUGUUCCCAUCAGUGAAGUAAACAAAAUGUUUUUUCUAGAAGCCAAAGAACUUAAUACCUAAAACUGAACUGUGUAUAAACAUCCUAAAACCAAA